CACCAUGGAUAAAAGAACUAUUUCAACAUGGUCUUUAAAUACAACUUCAAAAAAAGCUCGAAACAUCGCUUGCAAUGGCUUACCUAAUUACAAGAAUCACAAUUCUUCUCUUCUUGAUUUCCAUCUCAAUUCCUUCCAUUUUCUCCCACCCAUUCGAUCCUCUUUCCGAACUCGAAAUUGAAAAAGUGGCCUCCAUUAUCAAAUCAAGAUCCAACCUCAUAGACAUCAAAUUUCACUAUUUUGGCAUCCACGAGCCGAGUAAGCCAGCCGUCCUCUCAUGGCUCGCCAACCCCCGCUCCCCGCCGCCGCCACGCGAGGCCUUGGCCGUCGUACGCGCCGCCGGGGAGACUCACGAGUUCGUCGUCGGUCUCGACAGCGGCAGGAUCCUCUCGACGCGUGUGUACGACGGCACCGGGUUCCCGACCCUGAGCAUCGAGGAGCAAGAGGAAGCCAUAGAACUGUCGUUGAAACACGCGCCGCUGGUGGCCGCCAUUGAGAGGAGAGGGCUAAAUUUGUCGGAGAUCGUGGGGUCGGUGUUCACGAUCGGGUGGUACGGGGAGUCGGCGCGUGAGACGAAGCGCGUGGUGAAGGUGUUGUAUUUUUACGGGGAGAAUUCGGUGAACGUGUGGGUGAGGCCGGUGGAGGGGAUUGAGACGGUGGUGGAUCUUGAUCGGAUGGUGGUUACGGAGUUUAAGGAUCUUCGGGUUUGUGUUAUGCCAAAAGUCGACGGUACGGACUACCGGAGUUCGGGAAUGCGGCCGCCGUAUGUGGCGGAGACGAACCCGAUUACGGUUCAACAGCCCAAGGGUCCGAGUUUCGUCAUUAGAGGCCAUACCCUCAGCUGGGCGAACUGGGAUUUACACGUGGGAUUCGACAUGAGAGUGGGAAUUGUAAUAUCUUCAGCCUCAAUAUACGACUUGGACCAACGUAAGAAACGGCAGGUUCUGUACCAAGGCCACAUCUCCGAGCUGUUCGUCCCCUACCAGGACCCAACGGAGGAGUGGUAUUACCGGACUUUUUUGGACGCCGGCGAGUUCGGCAUGGGCUCCUCCGCCGUCCCCCUCGAGCCCCUCCACGACUGUCCCGCUAACGCCGUCCUCUUCGACGCCUACUACGGCGGUCCGGACGGCAACCGGGUCAAGCUGCCCAAUGCCUAUUGCAUCUUUGAGAAGUCUGCGGGCAACAUUGCCUGGCGCCACACCGAGAGUGCAAUUCCCGGAAAAAAGAUAAGAGAGGUGAGGCCAGAUGUGAGCUUGAUGAUAAGGAUGAUAGCUGUGAUUGGCAACUACGAUUACAUUUUGGAUUGGGAGUUCACGAAAAGUGGAUCUAUCAAAUUUAAGGUGAGUUUAACGGGGAUAAUGGAAGCGAAAACGACAGCGUACAAGCACACGAGCGAGAUAAAGGAAGAAAUCUACGGUGCAUUAGCCGCCGCAAACACAAUCGGCGUCAACCACGACCAUUUCAUCACGUAUUAUCUCGAUCUGGACAUCGACGGCCAGGAUAAUUCCUUUGUCAAAUCAAAAUUAAAGAGCUUCAAAUCCGACGGCUCCACGCCCAGGAAAAGCUACUGGUCGGUGGUGGAUGAGUUAGUCCACAACGAACUCGACGCCAGACUCCGGCCGACCGAACCGACCGAGUUCAACAUCGUGAACCCGAAUAAGGAGACUGCCAUAGGAAACAAAGUUGGAUACCGGCUCAUCCCCGGACCGGCGGCACCGCCGCUCCUUUCCGACGACGAUUUUCCGCAGAUUCGAGGGGCGCUCUCUGAUUACAAUAUUUGGGUCACGCCUUAUAAUCGGUCCGAAAAAUGGGCCGGCGGAAUGUACGUUGAUCGCAGCCGUGGUGACCAGACUCUCAAGAUUUUAACAGAAAGGAACAGAGACAUCUCCAACAAGGACAUUGUGUUGUGGCACACCAUAGGGUUCCACCAUCAUCCAACUCAAGAUGAAUUUCCGAUAAUGCCCACCCUCAGUGGAGGCUUCGAACUUCGGCCAUCAAAUUUCUUCGAGAGGAAUCCCAUCCUCAAAAUGAAAGCUCCUUAAACUCCACCGCCGUGUCCGCCGCCGCAUAUGACCAGUGUCUUCGAUCAGUGCCUUUGUCUUUUCUAGUUUCAUCAAUAAUUGUACCCUCUUGCUGUGGUACUUGUAUCUCAUGCAUGCAUUUAGUUAAGGUUUGAAUGAGGAUGGAGAGAGAAUUCUCUGUAGCUACCUUUCUUUUUAUAUUUUAUUGAGUAGUACUUUGUUGUCCA